AUGGCCGACGACACUGAAUACACAGAGUCCGAUAUUUGGGCAUCGCCAUCACCGGCUCCCCUAGCUGCUCGUCCGAAGACUCCCAAGACCCCAAAGACCCCGAAGACACCGACUGGGCCAGCUCCUGCGUCGGAGACUGUCAGCCGUGAUGAUCUUUUACGCAGAGAGUUGGAAGGGGUCAGAAGCUUGAAUAAUGGCAUUGAGGGUCUGCUGGGCACUUUGGACCGCGCAGGCAAUAAUAUGCAGGUCGUGGCCAGGACUGUUGCCAAUGCAUCUACCUUAUUAAACACCUGGACGAGAAUACUGUCACAGACUGAACAUAAUCAACGCCUAGUUCUACACCCGGGUUGGAAAGGCGUGACCGAAGACUUAGCCGAACAAGAGGCGGAAGCCUUGGAGAAACAGCGUGCCGCAGAGCGAAAAGCUGCCGAGGAAGAACAAAGAAGGGAAGAGCUACGACGUCGCCGGGAAGAAGAGGAGACCACUAGAAGAUUGGCCCCUUCGACUUCAAGGGGCACAAGAGGUCUGAGAAGGACGCGAAGUCGUGGUAGAGUUGCCACUAGAGGAGGCACUACAGGAAGUCGUCUACCGGAACCACCUACGUCAAGUUCUUCAAGAAGUCGUGGUACGUCAGGCAUAGGUCGCGGAAUAGGGUCAACCAGAAGCCGCUCGCGGGCUGCACGGUGA